CCAGACAAGGAUUCAUAGAGAGACAGGAGCUAAUGAGAAAUGGAUGCGCAAUUUCGUUGGCUUUGAUUGAGGGAUCCAACUUUGGCCAAACAUCUUUGCUGAAAAAAGAAAAAACCAAAGAAAUGGUGAGUCAUUACAUACAUGAAGAUGUGAUGGUUGAGAUUCUUGUAAAAUUACCAGUCAAAUCUUUGUUGCGAUUUAAGUGUGUCUCCAAAUCUUGGUCCUCUCUCAUUACAAAUCCCAGUUUCAUAGCCAAGCAUCUCAAUAACAGUAACAAGAAGGAAAAUGGUUGCCUCUUCGUUCAUAGCAUUGAACCCAAAGAUGCAAAUAACUUUCCUAGAAAAUAUACCUUUGCUGUGUGUCGUGACAAAUCCCUCACAGUUCCAGUAUUUGAAUAUCUUGGUCUAAAGUUGAAUGCAAAAGUGCGUGUUAUGGGUCCUUGUAACGGGAUUUUUUGCCUCUUAACCAAUUGGGAUUCUGUAGCUCUAUGGAACCCAGCGAACAGAGAAUCCAGAGCUCUUCCUAUAUUAACACGACACAAACAUUCCCCAACUCCAUUCCUCCAAGAAUGGAACUCGAGAGAAAUGCUUUUGGGUUUGGGAUGGAUCCUUUCACUGGUGAUUAUAAAGUGGUUUCAAUUAGGAUGUACAACCGGGGUUCCAGCCUUGAUGAUGAUAUUCAUCCAUCAAGUUACCCUAAACACAUUGCUAUAUAUUCAUUGCGUGAUGAUUCUUGGAGAGAUUUCGAGGGUUUUUUUCCAGAAUGUAGUGUUUCUCCCAUUUCUAAGUUCUACACUUACAUGGAUGGAGUUUACUACUGGAGUGCAUGUAAUAAAAAUCAUGAUGCUACGAAACUCUCAUUUCAUAUGGGCUACGAGGUGUUUCAAAAUAUAUUGGAGCAGGAUGAACCGGUGCCGUUCAAAGGGAUACCAGAGCUAGGUUGCCCUCACCCAGGAACUAAUCUUGUCGGACAUUAUUUUGGAGUCUACAAUGGCUCUCUUGCUUGGAUACAAUCUUAUCCAACACAUUACGUGGCACCAAACGUUUUCAACAUUUGGGUAUUGAAAGAAGAACGUCGGACAAGAGAAUUAAUAGCUGGACCUUUUGAA